AUGGAGUAUACCGUCUACGGCUACGAGGGUAAUCCUCGAACCCGCAUCAUCCGCAUAGUGGCUGCGCUUGAGGGAAUUCCCCUACAUCUGUCAACCGUAGUCCCUCGGAUGUAUGUCAAUACGGAUACAUACACUUCCGAGUUCCCCCUCAGCCGAGGCAAGGUGCCUGCCUUGAAAGGACCUAACGUGAAAAUCACCGAGGUCAUCGCAAUUGCAAAUUACCUCGCUAGGGUUCACAACCGGGCGAAGCUUUUGGGAAAUGGUUCGAACGAGCAAGCCGCGGAAGUUCUAUCAUGGGUGAGCUGGGCGAACCAAGAGAUGCUGGGUACUCUGGCUUCCUGGUUCUUGCCUUUGAUUCCGAAUCUGAAGAAGCCGGCACCCUACAAUGCGCAGGCUGUUGAAACCGGCAAAAGUGCAUCCAACCACCUCCUGGGUCUUCUCGAAAAGACCUUGGAGUCCAAAACGUACCUUGUCGGCAAGUCUCUCACUAUUGCCGAUCUUUUUGUAGCGAUGUACCUGGCCCGAGGAAUGGAGUGGGUCCUGGAUGCCGACUGGCGGGCUUCGCAUCCAAACAUCAUAAAAUACUUCAAUGGUAUCACAUCCAUUGACCAGUGGAAGACCGUCAUCCCGCAGAUGAAAAUGAUUGAGAAGGAGACUCCGAACGAAGAUCCAUAUGCUCAGGAGUGA